CGCGCGCGUAAGAUCCGCCGGUGUUGAUGAAGAGUGAGGAAGUGAGUAACUCGGUAGACGGCAAACAUGUCGGCUGCGCCGAAUCAACAAAGAGCUUUUGCUCAGAAGCUGAAUAAACAGGGAGCUGCCGAGGUCAGGAAGGCGGUUUCCUCUACAAUCUACUCGACCUCUGACCUCACAAGAUGUGCCAGUGGUCUCAAUCUCACUGUGCCCCUCACAGACGUAGUUGACCCCCCAGACUAUGAGGAGUUUGUUCUCCAGAAUUCCUGUACUGUUGAGCGCGAUCCCUUCAGGGAUCUUAUCUUGUACCCAGAGGAUGAUGUUGAUGUUCACAGCGUUCCUAGGAAAUGUCGGACUGUCAAUCCCAUCGUACCAGAACUCGGUCCAGACGCUGAUGAGUUUGUGUUUGACCUGGCCCGGCGGUACACUGCGGACUACACUGUUAUCACACGCCGCUAUCACCGCUACAGCUCCAGUGUGUGUAGUAAGGAGAAACUGACGGGACAGGAAGCCACUGUCCCGCAGGAGUACGAAGUCGACAUGGAGGAAGGACAAGAGGACGGGUCAGAGGAUGGUGUGAGUAAGCGGCAGUCUAUCCACAUGAAUUCUGUCCCCCGGGGCAGCUGGGCCAGCAGUAUCUUUGACCUGAAAUCCUCCCAGGGAGACCAGCUGCUCCCCCACCUGUUUGACCAGGUGUCAUACGAACAGAUCGACGCAGACAACAAGAAAUGUCGACAGGAGAAUCGGGAGGACACACUGUUCAGCCUGUUCCCAGGAGAAGAUGAGGAGGACCUGAUAGAGAGAAGACCACCCCCACCCUUCCCCCAGGAACACUUUGGUCACAGAAUCAUUGUUAAGUGUCUGCAACUCAAAAUGGAAUUGGAAUUUGAACCAUUGUUUGCUACAAUGGCUUUAUAUGACGCCAGAGAAAAGAAAAAGAUAUCUGAGAACUUUUACUUUGACGUGAAUCAAGAUGAGCAGAAGAAGAUGAUCAUGAUGCACAUCCACCAGGCUGACGUGUCGACCAUGAGUCGAGCCGCGUGUUUCAGUAUCACCUACCCCUCUCCUGACGUCUUCCUCGUCAUCAGGCUGGAAAAAGUGUUACAACAGGGAGAUAUAAGUGAAUGUGCAGAGCCUUACAUGAAAGAAGACAAGGCUAAAGAGGACCGUUUGAGGUCCAAUGCUGCCCAGUUUUGUGAUCGGCUUGGAAAGUACAGAAUGCCCUUUGCUUGGACUGCUAUCUAUUUAAUGAACAUUGUUACUGGGGCAACAGGAGGCCAGGAUUCAGAGAAAACUUGUGAACAAGAACCCUCAAGAUCUGCCAGUCUGGACAGGAGAUCUGUGUCAGGAGUGCCGGGUCAGUUUGACAGUUUCCGCAGAAGAAAUAAGGAAGAGUUUUCGUCCACCAGACGGGGGUCGAUGGAGCGGGGUCGUAGUGAACGCAGGGGACUGUACUCUGGAGAGGACUAUGGCCCGAGUCUGGACAACUUUAGACCGGUCACUCUGACUGUGUCCAGCUUCUUCAAGCAGGAAGGAGACAAACUGAGUGAUGAAGACCUGUAUAAAUUUCUGGCUGAUUUAAAACGACCUUCAAGUGUCCUCAAAAGAGUCAAGUGCAUCCCUGGUACAUUGAAGCUUGAUAUAUCUCCCUGCCCAGAAGAGCCCCGCUACAUGUUGACCCCAGAACUCUACAAAGUAGAGCCUUACCCAGACGACAAAACUCGACCCACGAGAGAGAUACUUGAGUUUCCUUCUCGUGAAAUUUACAACCCCAACACAACAUACAGGAAUCUGUUGUACCUCUAUCCAAGAAGUCUAAACUUUAGUAACAGACAGGGAUCUGCCAGAAACCUGGCGGUCAAAGUCCAGUUCAUGUCAGGCGAGGAGGAGGGGUGUGCUCUCAAGGCCAUAUUUGGGAAAUCAAACUGUCCAGAAUUGUCCAAAGAGGCAUACACUUCAGUGACCUACCACAAUAAAUCACCAGACUUCUACGAGGAGAUAAAGAUCAAACUCCCGGCUAAACUGACCGACGCCCACCACCUUCUGUUUACCUUCUACCACAUCAGCUGUCAGACCAAGAAAAACGAGUCAGGACCCGUCGAAGUUCCUGUGGGAUACACGUGGCUCCCUCUGUGUCGGGAAGGGAAGCUAAUGAUUGAUGACUUCUCCAUCCCUGUAUCCGUGGACAAACUGCCACCCAGCUACUCCAUUCUGUUCCCUGAUACAACCUUGCCUAAUAUGAAAUGGGUGGAUCACAAAGGGGUGUUUAACGUUAGUCUGAGAUCAGUAUCAUCUGUACACACACAGGAUGACAAGUUAGAAAAGUUCCUGUAUAAUUGUCGUAUGACCCUGGAACAGAAACUGCCUCCCAGGAAAACAGAGUCCUCAUUUGAGAAUGAUCUGAGACAGAGCAUACAGGAGGUCCCCAAGGCCCGGGGGGAGAAUCUGAUCCAGUUCCUACCCCUGAUACUGGACAGACUGCUGUACCUGAUGGUCAGACCCCCUAUACUGGGCGGACAGCAAGCUAGCAUUGGACAGCCAGCUUUUGAGGGGGUUAUUUUGGUCGUGAAGAGAGUUCAUGAGUUACUUUCUGAGAAGAAUGACCGCAAUGGCCGCAACCUGACCCUAGCUAGCUACAUCCACUACUCCUGUAGUCUGCCCCACCCCGGACCACUUCAUCACUGUUCUACAGAGCCAUCCUUGGGAUCUGGAUACAACACACUGGGUCGUCCGUCUUCACUUCCUGUCUCAAACAAAUCCUUCCAGAGGAGCACUAGUAACCCUGAUCUAAACGCACUCACCCCCACCUCACCAGACAACGAGAUAUCGGCCAUCCUAGGAGGCACCAAGUUCUUAGACAGGACAGGAAGCAUGAGAGCAGAUGAAUUUAACCAACCACAGAUGAUGAAAAACAGGGCCAAGAAGCUUGUCCAUGAGGAGCUUGUUCUACAGUGGUUGGUUCUCAGUGGACAGAACAGAGACCAUGCAUUCGCCCACUCCUGGUUCUUGUUUGAACUCAUUAUAAAAAGUAUGGCUGAACAUCUGAACAAAACCCAGAAGCUGGACGUUCCUCGUCAGAUGAGGUUCAAUGAUAAACCUUUUGUGGAGGAUAUUGAGGCCUUAAUGCACCUAGUCAACAAGGAAAUCACUGACAAGUACAUCAAGGAGCCACAGAUAAUUCGGAGUCUUAACACCAGUCUGGCCUUCUUCUUACAUGACCUUCUGAGCUUCAUGGAUCGAGGUUUUGUCUUCAAUCUCAUCGCCAAUUACUGUGGGGCGAUAGCAGAGAAGAUCCAGACUUUAUCCGACUCCACCACUCUGAUGUUACAUAGACUCGACUUUCUACGGAUUGUCUGCAGCCAUGAGCAUUACUUUCCUCUGAAUCUUCCGUUCGGGACGCCCCUGACUCCGACCUCUGGUAAAGCGGCCAGCCCCACCCCCAGUAUCCAGAGCACGAAUUCAAUGUCGUCCUACACUUCUACGUCGACGCUGACAGACCGUGGACAGUUCUACGAGCUCACACUACAGUUCAGACAGCAACACUUCCUGGUGGGGCUUAUUCUGUCUGAUCUCAAGGUGGCCCUGGAUACACAUAAUCCAAAUAUCCAUCAAAGAGCCAUCAAUGUCGUUCGUAAUUUACUGUACAACCAUGACCUUGACCUUCGUUACAUGGACGCGGAGAUGAAGGCUCGGUUAGCGGCCCUGUACAUGCCGAUUAUUGGGAUCGUGAUCGAGGCCCUCCCCCAGCUGAGUGACCCCGGUCUUGACCUUCGGAGACACACCUGUCCGGAGGAGGAGGAGGCAGAUAAGAUCAGUCACAGUGUGGCCCUGGAGAUAGCGGGGGCAUCUGUGUUUGCUGGGAGAGUCCAGGAAUACCCUGGUGGCCUGGAUGAACCAAAGAGCAAAAAGAGUCCCCUGACGACUGAGUGCACUCGUAAUUUAUUGAUCUGUUUCCUGUGGGUGAUAAAGAACGCAGACGAGACAGUUCUCCGUCAGUGGUGGAAUGAGCUCAAUGUGAAUGUACUCGCUCAGAUACUGGAUGUCCUGUACUUCUGCAUCUCAAACUUCGAGUACAAGCCCAAGUGGUUAAAGCCAUUCAGAUUAUCAGCACACCUCGCUGAAACCCUGUUUGAUGCCCCUCGCCCUAAGAGCGCUAGUCUGCCUCGAUCAUACGAGUUACUGUGGGAAGGCUUCCAGAGGAAAUCACAGGACUUGCUUCAGCGACAGAGAAGCAAAGAGGAUACACCACAGGGUAAGAAGAGCCUGGCCCAGUGUUCUAAACAGACGAUACAGAAGAGUGUGGACAUGAAAUCUCGCCUGGAGGAAGCCAUACUGGGGAAUCUGAACGCUCGAACAGAGAUGAUGAUGAGAAGACGACAAACAUCAUACAGUCAGAUGGUGGGGGACGGUGGUCAGAUGAACUCUCAGGGUGACAGACUCCUGAGGUGGAGAAAGGAUCAGAUCAAUUACAAACCAUCCAUGGACCAGAUGGAAAGGUAUUCUGUUAAAGACAGAUCAUGCGAUGUAGAGGCUCAUAUUGAGGGAAGUCUGGCCGCCGAGAUCACUAACGUUGUUGUAUUUCUGUUACAGAUAGCCAGAAACAUGGAGUAUGCCCCACUUAGAUAAAAAAACUUUAACACACAGAUAAAACUCUGCCCAAUAUUACUCUGUUUGCAUUUUAAUUGUUGCAUCAAUAUUAUUUCAAAUCUAUUCUUGACUAGAUAAUCAAAAUUACAAGUAUGUUAUAUCCAAUAUCAAGCAACUGAAAACUUGUCUGUAAACUUACAGAACUUUGCUCGAGUGAAGAUGCAGGUGACAAUGUCACUCAGUAAACUGGUGGGACAAAAUCAGAACUUUAGCGAGGAAUCUCUUCGACGAUCUCUGAAGACGAUUCUGACCUACGCCGAGGAAGACGCAGAUCUGGCCGAGACACCCUUUACAGAACAGGUUAAGGACCUAGUGUUCAACCUCCACAUGAUUCUGUCAGACACAGUGAAGAUGAAGGAAUUCCAGGAGGACCCUGAGAUGUUGUUAGAUCUAAUGUACCGCAUCGCCAAGGGUUACCAGAACUCCCCUGACCUCCGACUCACCUGGCUCCAGAACAUGGCCAGUAAACACAGCGAGAGGAACAACCAUGCAGAAGCUGCCCAUUGUUUGGUGCAUGCUGCUGGUCUGAUAGCUGAGUAUCUUUAUAUGAUAGAAGACAAACCCUAUCUACCUGUGGGGGCAGUGGACUUCCAGAAAAUCACGGUGAACGUUCUGGAGGAGAGUGCGGUGUCAGACGAUGUUGUCUCCCCUGAGGAGGGAGUGUGUACCGGGAAAUACUUCACAGAGAGUGGACUGGUGGGAAUACUAGAGGCUGCAGCCAUGGAGUUUAACAUGGCUGGGAUGUAUGAACAUGUCAAUGAAGUCUACAAGAUUCUGAUCCCAAUCCAUGAGUCAGCCAGAGAUUAUAAAAAGCUGAGUGCUAUACACAACAAGCUCCAUGAUGCCUUCAACAACAUCACAAGACAGGAGGGGAAGAGGAUGUUUGGGACGUACUUCAGGGUGGGAUUUUAUGGUCACAAGUUUGGAGAUCUGGAUGGAGAUGAGUUUGUUUACAAAGAGCCACCCAUCACCAAACUGCCAGAGGUCGCUCAUAGACUGGAGAACUUCUACAGUGACAGGUUUGGGGAGGGUGUGGUCCACAUCGUCAAAGACUCCAACCCUGUAGACAAAGAGAAUCUGGACCCAACUAAGGCCUACAUCCAGAUAACCUAUGUGGAGCCAUAUUUUGACCUGUAUGAAUACAGAACGAAAGUGACCUACUUUGAAAGAAAUAACAACAUCAAGAGGUUUGUUUUUGCUACACCCUUUACACAAGAUGGCCGUGCUCAUGGAGAAAUUCAUGAACAACACAAGAGGAAAACUAUUCUAACAACCAGUCACAUGUUUCCCUAUGUGAAAACGAGGCUUCAGGUCAUCAGCCAUGAUCAGGUCCUUUUGACCCCUAUUGAGGUGGCAAUAGAAGACAUACAGAAGAAGACGAAGGAGCUAGCUGUCGCCCUAGCUCAGGAACCACCCGACACCAAAAUACUACAGAUGGUGCUACAGGGCUGUAUAGGAACCACUGUCAAUCAGGGUCCAGUAGAGGUAGCUGUGGUGUUCCUGAAGGACAGCCCAGAAAAUAAAGCACAGGACGUCCGCCACAGAAACAAACUCCGUCUCUCCUUCAAGGAUUUCCUCAAAAAGUGCAGUGAUGCUCUUCAUAAGAAUAAAACCCUGAUUUCAAGUGAUCAGAAAGAAUAUCAGCGUGAGUUAGAACGAAACUACCACAAUGUCCGAGACAAACUGCUACCCUACAUCUCAUCUAACCUGGCCACUCUAAGAUCAAAGCACCACAGACGUGGGAACAAAGAUUCUCCCAGUAAACACAAAUCAUCUGGAUCCUCCAAAACCUAGUCUUAGACAGACCAGGCCAUAAUUUACACAGAACGAGAGUGAAUUACAGAAACUUCAUCGUAAAAAUGUUAACCAGGUGCUUAAUGGAAAGGUGUGCCCUGUACAA